AUGCAUUGGAAUGCAGAAGCACUCCUCAAUAAGAAAAUGGACUUAAAGAACAUCUUGUUUGAUAAGGACAUUCAGGUCUACUGCAUCCUAGAGACUCAUUUUAGCGAGGACAAAUCCUUCAAGGGUGGAGGCUACCAGUGCUUCCAUUGUGACAGGUUGUGUAGGAGCAAGGAAGGAAUCCUAACACUGGUGAGAAACAACAUAGCAGCAACGCAGAUCACUGUGCACAUGGAUGACACCGAGUAUCAGGUGUUACGCCUAAAACUUAAAGAUGUGGAGUUAAAUGUUGUCAACCUCUACUCCCCAAAUGACAAACCUCUAUCCACUGACACGAUCCCAGUGCAGGACUCAAACUUCCUAGUCAUUGGUGACUUCAACAGCCACUCACAGAGCUGGGGAUAUGACCACAUAGACAGGCGUGGAGAAGAGGUAGAGUCCUGGCAAGAUGAUCACAACUUGUUGCUGAUCAACAACCCCGACGACCAGGACACUUUCUAUUCCAGACGUUGGCACACCACUUCCACUCCUGAUCUUGGUUUCUGCACUGAAGACAUCCACAAGAAUAUUGCAAGAGAAGUAGGCCAGCAACUAGGCGGUAGCUAUCACCGUCCUGUUUACCUCACCUUGCAAUAUAGGACCAUACAGGAACCAAGCUUAACUCGUUGGAACUACAAAAAGGCUGAUUGGAAAAGAUACAGAGAGCUUACAGAUGAAACCUGCAGACAGAUUCCCACUAAAGGCAGAGACAUCAACAAAGUCACAAAGGACUUCAAUGCAGCCCUACUCCAGGCAGCCAAAAAUGUAUUCCUAGAGGUUCCAGGAGAGGCUGCAAAUACGUUUGCUGAAAACUACGAGAAAGUAAGCAACAUCAUAGUCAACAGAGGAUGGCAAAGAGAAGUUAGAAGGGAGGAAAGAGAGAGAAGAUCCAAAAAGUCCAAGGAAGAAGUGAUGGAAGCAAGCCUCACACUAAAUGAGCUACUUACAGCACUGAAGAAGCUCAAGGCCAAGAAAUCACCAGGACCAGACCACAUCACCAAUGAGAUGCUGACCCAUAUGGGAAGUUUUGCUACGAAAACCCUUCUAGAUGUCUUCAACCUGAGCUGGAAGGAGGGAAAACUUCCACAGGUCUGGAUGGAGGCGAUCAUGGCACCUAUCCUAAAACGUGGAAAGGACAAGAAGAAAGUAGCCAGCUAUCGAAUGUCAACAUAA